AUGAUCCUAGCCCCUAACUCCCUGGUCAGUGAGAACAUGACCCUAGCCCCUAACUCCCUGGUCAGUGAGAACAUGACCCUAGCCCCUACCUCUAUGGUCAGUGAGAACAUGACCCUAGCCCCUACCUCUAUGGUCAGUGAGAACAUGACCUUAGCCCCUAACUCCCUGGUCAGUGAGAACAUCACCCUAGCCCCUAACUCCCUGGUCAGUGAGAACAUCACCCUAGCCCCUAACUCCCUGGUCAGUGAGAACAUCACCCUAGCCCCUACCUCUAUGGUCAGUGAGAACAUCACCCUAGCCCCUAACUCCCUGGUCAGUGAGAACAUGACCCUAGCCCCUAACUCCCUGGUCAGUGAGAACAUCACCCUAGCCCCUAACUCCCUGGUCAGUGAGAACAUGAGCCUAGCCCCUAACUCCCUGGUCAGUGAGAACAUGACCCUAGCCCCUAACUCUCUGGUCAGUGAGAACAUAACCUUAUAUAGCCCCUAA